AUGCUGGACAUCGUGUCCGUUUCAAAAGAUCAGCUGCCACCAAAAAUUGCCAGUACUUUUAACAGUGAAUAUUACUUUCCUAUGCUGUCAAUACUGACUGAUGCUAAGAUUGAAUGCAAUGCCAAAAAUGGAAAAAUUGAAUAUGAAUGGAAGAAAGAUGGCGUGAUUGUUCAGAACAGCAAAUAUGUGUCUGUGGACAAAGAUACUGGAACCUUGAAAUUUAACCAGAUGCAGGGUUCUGAUUAUGGAACAUACCAAUGCUUUGCUAAAAAUGAUUUUGGGACCUCACUUUCUGAGCCCUUUGAUGUUAAAGUAUCUGCAAUGGGAGCUUUUCCCUCAAAAGAACCCGAGGAAAUACAAUGUAAGGAAUUUGAACACUGUAAAAUCCCCUGCCGAGACAAACCAGAAUGUUCACCAGAAUCUGAAUGCAGAGUGGAAUGGAAAAUUGGAGAGGGCACCAAGACGAAUGUGGAGUUAUCGAAGAGAGUCGGGGUGGAUGGAAAUGGUGAUCUCCAUUUCAUAUGGACAAACAACACAGACUGGACUGGAUUAAACUACAAGUGUGGAGUGUGGCAAGAACAACUCAAGAUGUUGGUCGUUGGCAGUAUAACAACUCUCAGAAUUUUCAAUGCUUCUUUGGACCCUAACUUGGAUCCUAUUGUGGUCUAUAGAUCCCAUGGUAAAGCCCAGUACCGAGGAGAGGGUGUUCUCAAAUGCAUGUUUUCAGGAUAUGCAACACCAGAUAUUGAGUGGGUUUCUCCUGACAAUGCAGUUAUCAAGAAUUCUGCCAAAUAUGUGAUCAGCGAUUACGACAGGGGGCUGACCAUUAAGGAUGCAAUGCCGGAUGAUGAAGGUCUUUACGCUUGUAGAGGAAAAGGCAUUAACAAGACGAACACACAACACGUUUUUCUAAAUGUUACCUCUGCCCCGAUGCUUGAUUCAGAUUCUAAAAAUCCCCAGAUGAAUGAUUUGUUGGUGUCAGUUGGAAAAAAUGCCACAUUUUACUGUCAGGCUGUAUCAUUACCUGGAGAAGAAGUACCAUCCCCUCCCAAGUGGAUGAAAAAUGGAGUGGCUCUACCGAUUGAUGAAGACAAGUACAUUUUGAGCCCUGACCACAAUACGCUAACCAUCAAUGUACAGAAAGACUCUGACACGGGAGUUUAUCAGUGCAUGUCUGAAAACAGCGAAGGUGUUCUAUUCAAGGAGGCUUUUCUUAAGGUUAUACAGUACCGACCAGAAACAACCUCCAUAGUAGGAGACAAUAAUCCAUCGACGGGCGACUUCUUCCACAGCUACGACACAGAGAGACUCAAAUUCACAAUGGAAUCAGAUAUUGUCUCUACUCGUAUAGAUCUCAAGUUGUAUAUAAAUCCACCGGUGCUAGGACUUUCAGGAAUCCCGGGAUUUCGGGAGAAUCCCGCUACAGGAAGAAGAAUCCCCCACAAAAAGCCAAUUUUACCUGAGAAUCGACAAAAAUCGGACGCCAUUACUAGUUGUAGUGGUAUACCGUAUACCACGCCCGAUAUAAAAUCGCGAUCGCUGACAACUACUAGUUCCAAGUUGUACGUGAAAAAUAUUAAUGCUUCUAAAAAGUGA